AUGCAAAUAUCUGCUGAAAAGACUAGUGGAACAUAUAAAGAUUCAUUUAACGAAGAAAGUUCACCUGACAAAGCAGAGAAGGUCGUCAAGCUCACACAACCAAAAAGCGAAAAAUUUUCUGCUGGAACUAAUGAACCAAUUGAUAAAAAUAAUAUGAUAUUCUUGAUAAUGUUAUUACAUGGAGUCGCUAUACUAAUACCUUGGUCGAGCUUUAUGACAAUCGCUCCAGUGUAUUACACUUGUUAUAAAUUUCGAAAAUUCGAUGAAUAUGGUAUUGAAGAUACGACGUAUUCGCAUAACUUUUUCUCAUUUAUUGCUCUUGCUUCGCAAGGACCGAAUUUACUCCUUAAUUUCUUGAAUCUUUUUUUUACAUUCAGGUCAGUAAGCUAUGGACUUGGAAAACGAAUUUUGGUUUCUGUUUCUAUAAUUGCUACAAUAUGUUGUACAACAAUUAUCUUUGUAUUCAUUGAUAGUUCAAAUUGGGUUCAAGAAUUCUUUUGGAUCACAAUGCUAUCAAUCGUCAUACUACAUUCAGCAAAUGGUAUUUUUCAGAAUAGUUUAUUUGGAAUAGCAGCGAAUUUACCGCAUAAAAUGACAACGGCAAUUAUGAUCGGGAGUAAUUUAUGCGGGAUUUACACGGCUGUCCUAGCUCUAAUAGCUAUCACCAUGUCUCCAUCACCGAAAAUUUCGGCGACUAUGUUUUUCUCAAUAUCACUUAUCACUAUUUUACUAUGCGCUGUAUCAUUCAUUUAUCUUUCCAAAUCACCAUAUUAUUUAUAUCACAUGAAGAAUGCUGAAAAAAAACAAACAUCAUCGAAUGUGGAAUCAGAAAAUACGGUAGCACUGAAAUGGAAAGUAUACAAGGAAAUAUGGAAAGAGGGCUCUAUACAUUUCUAUAAUGUUUUCAUCGUUAUGUUCGUUACGCUGGCAAUUUUUCCUGCAAUCCAAGUACACAUACGUGAACGAGCUGGAUUCGUAAUUCCGCGCCAAUAUUUCACCUUAAUAUUCACUUUCCUAUCUUUCGCUUUCUUUUCAAUGAUCGGUGCACUGGCGUCGAAAUGGAUACUAUGGGUAAGGAUGCCUUAA